AUUCUGCAGAAGCUUAUCCUACUCUAUUAUUAUCAUUGUUUUAUUAUCAAUUGAUACAAUCUUAUCUCAAUAUACUCGGUUAUUAUCGUCCAUCCUACCACCGAAGAAACAACCACACCACCACCACCACAAACAAAAUGUCCUACCGCACCUCCAGCUCCUCCUCAUCCGCCUACUCCUCUUUCUCCUCUUCCUCCUCUACCACCAACAACAACAACCCCCAAACCGAAACAACUGGCCACCGCUACGCCACUACCUCACACACCGAUCCCACCGGCGCUACUACCGUCCGCACCGGAUACCAAAAUCUAGGCGAGGAGCCGGUGUUCGAAGAACGGAGGUUCGAUUCUGCGGGUCGGGAGGCCGCGUUGAUGGAUACUCAGGGUGGAAUGGGUGCUGCAGGCGGGACUAGGGCUAUUAGGGAGUUGGAUGAGGAUGCUGAUGAGGGGGACUGGGAGGAUGGGACUUAUUAAUGUCUUCUCUUGUCUUUUAGUGAGGGGAUGAUGUGUGUUUCAUUUGAUGGUAAUGGUAAUGGUAAUGAAAUGUGAUUGUAUUGAUAUCCCGG